AAAUGUUUUGCAUAUUUGCAGCAAAACACUUGAGGACUCCAGACGGACUAUUGGCGUCCAUCGACGCGGUUUUCCAUUUGAUAAGCUCUCAUGCAGAGUGUCGCAUUACUGUCUGGAUUUAAUAUCGAAAGAACUAAGGCGUAUGCGAGAAUUGAGUACCGAUGUCUAUGAUCAUUGUGGUUGUGUGGUUAGAUCAACACAUCAGAUCCCUUGUGCAUGUGAGCUGCGAGCGGUGGUCGAUUCAGGUAACCCGAUCAGCCUUGACAGUAUUCACCCGUUUUGGACGAGACUUGUUAUUCUCGGCGAUGGGUUGGACACAUCUGCGCAAGCCGAUUUUGCUGGUUUUCAGUCUGAGGAACAUCAGUAUUUUCACGAGGUCGCCGAGGAGGUCAUAACUAAGGAUCCUUCAGUGUUGCGUGAUAUUUCUCGUAUUGUUCGAGAGCGACUUCACCCCAAAGACUUAGGCUACAUGGAACCAGAAGUGAAAACAAAUGUCAGAGGUCGAUCAAAGGGGAGCAAAUCAACGAAGCGGGAUCCAAGUCGUCAUAAAUACAAGGACCGUGUACGUGGUCGUCCUAAAUCUUCCCAAAGUCAGAAAAAUCGUGCAUCCGCGUCAGCUGGUUUGCAAAAUACGGAGGUUAUUCCAGGAUUCCUUUUACCAUUCGUUGACGAGCUUGUGGACGUGCGUGGAGACGGAAACUGUGGAUUUCACGUGGUGGCAGACUACAUCUAUGGUGACGAGGAGAUGUGGGGAAUGACUAGAAUGAACAUUGCAAACGGACUCUCCGCCCACCCUUAUCGAUACGAGGGUAUUUGCAUUGAUGGGUUGCAAGCGGCCAUUACACGUAUUAGUUGGGAAGGGGGAGAGUGUGGCCCUCGCUACUGGAUGCAGGUAUUGGAUGACUUGUUCCCUAUUGCCACUAUCUUCAAUGCAGCUGUUAUUUACAUACAAGGCGGGACGCUAAAAUAGACGCGGUUCUCUUCCUUUACUGUUCUGCCUUUGCAUUCCUCUGAGGUUCACUCACGACCAUCGAAGGAGAUAGUGAUAUUGUAUAUUAGUGGACGCACUCACUUUGUUAGGUUGAAUUUACAGGAUAAUUUCCCUGUCCCACCAAUUCCCACCUUGUGGUUCCAGCACAGGGACCAUACUGUUCAUUCUUGGCAUACUUUAUAUGCUAAUAGGAGAGAGC